AAAAAGGGUGACGUCACUGUGGUUCAACGUAGAGAUGUUUUAAACUGUAUCCUUGCGCGGUUAGGAUUUUUUUUUAAACCCUCGCUUGCGUUUAUUUGUGAAAUUCAGUGUUUAAUUACAAUUUAUUUAUAUGUUGUAUUUUUUUUUCAAAAAAAAAUUUCUUGUUUGGCAGUAUUUUUAAGUAAAAAGUAGGGCUUAGGGGUGUGGUCAGACAGGUAAAGGUGAGUCAAUUUAGUGCCUCGGUGGCGGUGUCUUAAAGCCGAACACUUCGAUGUUUUGGUGUCUAUUUUUUCUUUUACAGUGAUACUACUGAGUGACUAGGAGAAAAAUGAAGGAAGAGGGAAACUUAGAAAACCGGCCGAGCAACACAGCCUUCACCCAGCAGAGGCUUCCGGCAUGGCAGCCCAUGCUCUCUGCAGGCGUUGUAAUUCCAGGCUUCCUUGUCAUCGGCCUGGCAUUCAUCGGGAUUGGAGUGGGUCUCCUAAUCACUUCAAGGAGCAUCCAGGUGUUGGAGUUGGACUACACUGGAACUGAGACAAAUUCUCCCUGUAAUAAGUGCACCACACUGCCAAUUCAGAAUAACUGCGUGUGCAAGCUGAAUUUCACCAUCGACACUUUGUUUAAGGGGCCCGUCUUCUUUUACUACAGCUUGACCAAUUACUUCCAGAGCCAAAGAAAAUAUGGAGCUUCGCUUGAUUAUAAUCAGCUCAGUGGAGACUUGACAUAUUUUAAAAGUCCCGCUUCAGAUUGUGACCCUUAUAGGUAUGCUAACGGCAAACCCAUCGUCCCCUGUGGAUCGUUGGCAAACAGCAUGUUCAAUGACACAUUCAAGCUAUAUCAGAUUGUUAAUGGGAAAGAAAAUCUAGUGCCAUUUGAUGGAAAAGGAAUCGCUUGGUGGACUGACUACAAUAUCAAAUACAGAAACCCUGAUUAUUCUCCUCUGGAAAAUGCUUUUAAUGACACAGAGAAACCCGUAUUUUGGUCGAAGCCUGCUUACAAGCUGGACACCUCCGACUCUUCCAACAAUGGCUUCGUCAACCAAGACUUCCUCGUGUGGAUGAGGAGGGCAGCCCUUCCAAAUUUCAGAAAGCUGUAUCGCCGGAUCACAGAGGGAGACUACAAAGAUGGUCUGCCAGUGGGAAACUACUCUCUUGAGAUUUCCUACAACUAUCCCGUUAAAAGCUUUGACGGGACAAAGAAGGCGACCUUCAGCAACGUGUCCUGGAUGGGUGGACAGAAUGAGUUUCUCGGCAUUGCCUACCUGGCGAUUGGCUCCAUGUGUGUGGUCAUGUCUGUAGUUAUGCUCAUUGUUUACGCCAAAUUCAGGUUCCCUGAGGAUGACUGAGAGUAUCUCUCUUUUUUUUUAUAUUCUCACGGACUGUCAUUGUCUGAGGGUUUCACCAACUGUUUUUAUCUUUUUAAAAAGAGGACACUCUUCUUGUGGUUCUUGCAGAAUCUUUUUAUGAAAUAGAAUAACUGGU